UGGAAUCGACUCAAACCCCGCAAAUUCCACCUCCACAACCGGACAUCAAUCCUGCCCUCUCUGGCCCUUUUCUCUUUCACUCAACUCCGCUUCGCCAACAACAACAGCAACCAUUCAACGGAAAAGUAACCGGAGAAUCUGAAAAGGAUAAGUAAUUAUCACAUGGCAUCAUCAUCAUCGUCAAGUAACAGUGCUUUUCGAAAUGGCAGCAGCAGCGCUCAAAGGCCACUUAAACCCCUCACUGCUUCUAAUCUCAAAUCUUCCUCUUUCAAAUCCAGAGUCCACCCCUCUCACGCUCCUCUCUCAUCUUUCCGCCGCAGCUACCCUUCCACUUUGUCCGCCUCCGACGACGGAGUGCUGGGAAGAGUUAGAGUGGCGGUGAGAUUGCGGCCGCGAAAUGCAGAGGAGUUGGCAGCAGAUGCGGAUUUUGCCGAUUAUGUUGAAUUGCAGCCUGAGCUUAAGAGGUUGAAGCUUCGAAAAAACAAUUGGGAUGCGGAUACAUAUGAGUUCGAUGACGUGCUUACUGAAUUCGCGUCUCAGAAGCGUGUUUACGAAGCUGUUGCUAAGCCUGUUGUUGAGAGUGUUUUAGAUGGUUACAAUGGGACAGUGAUGGCUUAUGGUCAGACCGGUACUGGGAAAACUUUUACUCUUGGACACCUGGGAGAGGAUGAUACUUCUUCUCGUGGGAUCAUGGUUCGUGCAAUGGAGGAUAUUUUAACAGAAAUCUCUCUAGAGACUGAUUCUGUCUCAGUAUCAUAUUUGCAGCUUUAUAUGGAGGCUGUCCAGGACCUUCUUGUUCCGGCAAACAAUAAUAUUUCUAUUGUGGAAGAUCCAAAAACUGGUGAUGUUUCAGUACCUGGGGCAACUGUUGCAGAAAUCAGGGACCAGCAGAGUAUUGUGGAACUGCUAAGAUUAGGGGAAGCUCAUAGAAUUGCUGCGAAUACGAAGUUGAAUACUGAAUCUUCUCGUAGUCAUGCUAUUCUAAUGGUUCAGGUUAAGAGGUCAUUCACAGGAGGAGAAGAUGCUCUUUCAAGUGAAAUUGAUAAUUCAUCUCAUCUGGUCAAACCUUCAAAACCUAUUGUUCGUAAAAGCAAGCUGGUUUUGGUAGAUCUGGCUGGUUCAGAACGUGUUCACAAGUCAGGAAGCGAGGGACAUAUGCUAGAGGAAGCUAAGUCUAUUAAUCUCUCACUGAGUGCACUAGGGAAGUGCAUAAAUGCACUGGCUGAGAAUAGUUCUCAUGUUCCAAUUCGCGAUUCAAAACUUACAAGGUUGCUUAAAGAUUCAUUUGGAGGAACUGCAAGAACUUCUUUAAUUGUGACCAUUGGCCCAUCACCACGCCACAGGGGCGAGACUUCGAGCACUAUAUUGUUUGGACAAAGGGCGAUGAAGGUGGAGAACAUGUUGAAAAUAAAGGAAGAGUUCGAUUACAAAAGUUUAUCUAGAAAGCUUGAAAUACAAGUAGACAAGCUCAUUGCAGAAAAUGAAAGGCAACAGAAAGCCUUUGACAAUGAAGUUGAAAGAAUAAAUCAAGAAGCACAAAAUCGUAUUGCUGAGGUGGAAAGGAACUUUGCAGAAGCCUUAGAGAAGGAGAGGCUAAAGUGUCAGAUGGAAUACAUGGAAUCUGUCAAGGAGCUAGAGGAAAAAUUGUUAGCAAAUCAGCAAAGCCAUGACUGUGAUGACUUCAUCAAUGAUAAUUGCAAUGGAGAGGAGCUGGGCCCUGUUUCUGAGGAAGUUUCUGAUCUCAGAAAGUUGCUUCAAAAUGAAAUUCAGUUAAGAAAGGCGGCUGAAGAUGAGACCAACAAACUUAAGGGACAAUUUGAGCAAUUUAUGCAGCCAGGGGCUGGUGGAGAUACAGAGAUUAUAAGGCUUCACAAGAUAUUGGAGGAUGAGGCAUAUAAGAAAAGGAAACUGGAAGAAGAAGUUGUGAUCCUACAAAGUCAGUUGUUGCAGUUGACUUUUGAAGCUGAUCAGGCAAAAAGGUAUCUUGAAAGAAGUGGAUCCGCAAAUGGUUUCAGUGCUGUGGAUUCCCUCAUGUCGCAAGCUAGGCAUUCACAAUUUAAAGAGACUAUGAAUGGACAGAAGGCUCCAACUGCCUCACUUUUUGAACACGUUGGAUUGCAAAAGAUUUUGUCACUGCUUGAGUCAGAAGAUGCAAAUGUACGAAUACAUGCUGUAAAAGUAGUGGCUAAUCUAGCAGCUGAAGAAGCAAAUCAAGAAAGGAUUGUUGAAUCUGGUGGUCUUACUUCUUUGCUGAUGGUCCUUAGAAGCUUUGAGGAUGAAACUAUUCGCAGAGUAGCAGCAGGUGCAAUUGCCAAUCUUGCAAUGAAUGAAGCCAAUCAAGAACUAAUCAUGGCUCAAGGGGGAAUUAGUUUGUUAUCUAUGACAGCAGCUGAUGCUGAGGAUCCUCAAACUCUACGCAUGGUUUCUGGAGCUAUUGCAAAUCUAUGUGGAAAUGAUAAGCUACAAAUGAAGCUGAGGUCUGAAGGUGGGAUAAGAGCUCUGCUAGGAAUGGUGAGGUGUGGACAUCCUGAUGUUCUUUCCCAAGUUGCUCGUGGGAUUGCAAACUUUGCAAAAUGCGAGUCCCGAGCAUCUACUCAAGGAUUAAAAAGUGGCAGAUCUCUUCUUAUAGAAGACGGCGCACUUCCAUGGAUUGUACAAAAUGCUAAUAAUGAAGCUGCACCAAUCAGACGCCACAUUGAGCUUGCUCUAUGUCACUUGGCUCAGCAAGAAGUAAAUGCAAAAGAAAUGAUCAGUGGAGGUGCGCUUUGGGAGCUAGUUCGUAUCUCACGUUAUUGUUCUCGAGAGGACAUAAGAGCUCUUGCUUGUCGGACUUUGAAUUCAAGUUCCACCUUCAGGUCUGAAAUGCGGCGGUUACGGAUAGAGUGUUGACCACAUGUUAAUUUUUUGUUAUCCUUAUCUGUGGGCCAAGCUAGUUCUCUGGUUGCUGUAUAGAUUGGUCAAGAAUCACGCAUCAUUCUUUGCACUGAAUAAUUACUUGGUCAAUUGGAAUACUCUCGCAAUUUUUGUGUAAAGAGGCGAGACGGGGGGAUUGUUUACAAUUGAUCUUGUGCUAGUGUAUUAAUAUUUGUAGCUAGAUUGAGGGAAAAGACGGGAAAUGGUAGUUCUGACAAGUGAAUAGACUCGUAGCCAUCAUGAAAAGAAAAAAAAAAAAAGUUUUGUAA